UUGGAACGCGUCGACUAAGAAUCAUGUCCACUGACUUUGAUGAAUUUAUGGAGCAAAUCGAAUCUUCAGAGAGUAUCUUGGAAUCAUUCCAGCCCAAAGCAUCCACGGAAAAAGAGGCUAAAAUGUCGCCGACCAUCGAAAACUCCAAACCAAUCGAAAAAGAGCCAGGAUGUGAAAAGAGAAAUACAGACCCGAUUUCGAAACUAGAAUGCAAAAGUGACUCUGCGGAUUUGAGUGAGAUUGAACUGUUGAAACAGUGUGCUAAUUUCCUGCCAAUCAUUCCACCGAGCUCGCUGAUAGGCACAGAAGCACUAUCUCCCUUGAAAGAGCUUUCACCGAGUGAAAAAACUGCGAUUGAUCCCGAUCUUCAGAAAAGUUCCCCUGCAAUCACGAAAACAUCGCAGUUAUCAACAAGUCCGUACAUUUCUGCCUCAAAUGGAAACAAUUUGGCAGCUACUGCUAUGCAGUAUCUAUCAUCCCUCUAUUCUAACAGUGCCAUCGCAACUUCAUUCGCAAACACGAACGGAUUUAUGUCGACCAUAAAUGCUUCGUCAAAACCCGAGGACUCGGCGCUUGCUCUGCAGCUUCUCGUCGGGAACGCCGGACGAAAUUUGAGCAAUUCUAGCAACACAAGUGCAUCAAAGACAUCUAACGAAGACCUCAACUCAAACUUGAGCAAAUUGGCUGCACGUAUUAGACAAAACUCGUUCACAAACACGUCCCAAAAAGAGCUGCAAAAUAGAGUAGGGCUUCAAACGAGUGACGAGGGUUCCAAUAGUAUGAGCAUCAAUGCAAACGCAGUGUCAGCAAUGUUGCGAGCUCUAGCUGCAACGCCGGGCGUCGCUGAUCUUUCGGGUCUGGGCCUCGGUGGAACAGGAGUGAAUGGGGGCCACACUAGUAUGAGCGCAGCAACACAGGCGGCGGCGGAAGCUGCCAUGUUGCAGUUAACAUAUGCUUCCAGUCUGCAAAACCAACUAAACAUUAGUCACGCAAACAACAUGCAAUCAAAACUGAAACAUUCUGUUCUGAAGACCUCCCCGAACAUGGACUCUGUAUCGGCCACCUCUUUCAUGAAUUCGAAGUGGGCCACCGAUCAGUUUGCUCACAUGGCUAGCAACUCUACUUCGCCCUCUAUCGGAAAUAACGUGCACAGACAGAGCCCCCCUACAUAUUCCAGCCACGAUAUUGAGCUGGCCAAAGAGAGCAAAUGUCCGGCUCCAAACUGCGAUGGAACUGGACACAUCACAGGACUGUAUUCGCACCACAGAAGUUUGUCUGGAUGCCCACGAAAGGACAAAAUGACUCCUGAAUUGUUGGCUCUUCACAAGACGCAGGUCAAAUGCCCAACUCCAGGGUGUCAGGGUAAAGGUCAUAUCAACGCCAACUGGACAUCACACAGAAGUUUGUCUGGAUGUCCGCUGGCAGCAGCUCAGAAACUGGCCAAAAAUGCCAUGUACAUUCCAGAGGAAAAACGAUUGGCUCUAAUCCAGGAGAAAGUUUCCAAGUCUCCUGACGUCGGCAAGGAGUUAGAAAGGAUCGCAAACAAUGCGGCCACUAACUUCAAAUCAGAGUCACAAAACGUGCCAAUCAAGCCAAAGAUUGGAACUCAAUCGCCCUCAAACGGCCAAGUCAACAAAAUUCAGCUGAAUCUGGACAUAACCACAACUGACGAUAUUAUCAAUGACGUCAUGAAGAUGAGUUCAGAAAACUGUAAAAAGAGUGCUGAAGUUUUGAGUGUGUCAAAUGUCCACGAGAACUCAUCGCCCAAGAUCAAAACUUCUGGAAAUUCCGGUCAAACUUCCCCGUCCCAAAAAGUGUUUUUUAAUCCAGCACCUCAAGUUGUCAAAUCUUUGCAGAGUACUUCAAAUGAAAACUCAAUCAAUCCCAUCUCUGGACUCAAAAAUAUUCUUGAAAUAAAACAGGAGCCAAUCAUCAGUCAUUUGAGCGAACCAGCAGUCCAAGAAACGAGGAAUACUGACUAUGAUACGCAGGAAGAGGAGGGAGCGGAAUCAUGCUACCAGAUAACUGAAGACAUCGCUGACUGCGCGGUAGGUGCUCUGAAUCUGUCUCUGAAGCCGGAAGAUCUUGCCACCAGUCGCCAAACUAUCCCCCCUCCUCGCCCUCUGAACUCGCAAAAAUUAAUGGAAGCCACAACAGGUAACUGCAAAUCUGCCAAAUUGUGCUCGGAUGCGUGGUCACUUUUGAGUGCAUUGGAUCUAACCAAUCAGAAGGUGAGCAGCUCACCCCUCGACAUGGUAUUGGACAACGAAGUAAGCCGAAUCAAUGAUUUCAUGCAGAAUAACACGGCUGCUGUUGUUUGCUCUUCGGAGGACCGCAAACCAUUGGCGGGAGUCGAAAAAAUAUCCAACGGUUUGACGGAUACUUGUCGAGGGUCACCCGUUACGCAGACCAACACAAUCGAAAAGUGUCCUACCAUCGGGUGCGACGGAAGCGGACACAUUAACAACAAUUUCUCCUCCCACCGAAGCAUAUCCGGGUGUCCGAAAGCUAAACUCGCGCGACGAUCUCUUAUGACGUCGCCUACUAUCACAAAACCGACUACGGCGAGCACUCAGGCGAACGGCGGUGGGAUCGAUACGGGAUGCGAUGACACCAACAUCAAGUGUCCGGUACCAGGAUGCGACGGGUCGGGACACUUGACUGGCAAGUACGUAUCGCAUCGGAGUGCUUCAGGAUGUCCAAUAGCAGCAAAAGGAGGAUACGUACUACCCGAUGGCAGUGUCUGGAAACCGUCUAGAGUCGAUGGACCUGUAUGUCCUACUCCUGGAUGCGACGGAUCUGGUCAUCUGAAUGGAAACUUCCAGAGCCACCGAUCACUCUCUGGGUGUCCUCGCGCAAAAAAGCACUACGCAUCUCUGAUUCCCACAAUGGCCACGCAGGUGACAGCUUCUCAGCAGAUUCUGGAUUCGGUCAAUUCUACAAUUUCCAGUACUGUGGCGUCUAUUGCUCACGCAAUGUCGGGCGGAGGGGGAGCUAACAAAAUGCAAACCAAUGGAGACCUACUUAAAGGAUCUACAGCUUCUUUGAAACUCUCAAACAGAAACCGAAGAAGUCGAGAUCCAAAUUCGGAGGAUGAGAGCGAUUCGAAAAAGAGCAAACUGCAGAUUGAAGAACCAGAAUUGCACACGACAUCUGAAACUGAAGAGUCGAGUGAAAAAGUUCUGAACGGAUCAAAUGCGAAGUCUCUGGCCGAUUCGAAUUCAUCGUCGAUGAGUGAUGAUUACAUGGACAUUCUACGCGCGUUCGGAUGUAUUUCGUCAAACAUUUCCUGUGCUAAAACCGCCAAUGAAAAACUAAACUCUGCAACUGUUGAUCACACGAAACAGGCUUUAACUACUUCUGACUAAAUCUUAAACCUAAUCUCUUUCCAAUUAAUAGUGCAAUAUUUUUGAUAUUUUUAUUUUUCAUUUGUAGUUUUAAAACUCAUUCCAAUGUUACUCAACCAUACAUGAAAAGCUUGCCUAGUGCUAAAAAUAUAUCAAACGAAAGCCAUUUUUCCAAUAUAAACUGGAAUUAACUUCAAAAUUCCUUCUUCUAGGAUUUCAACUAGGCGUAAAUUGUAUAUAUUUGGUGCGCCUUUAACGUUUUAUCAGCACUUAAUUAUUAAUCAAAUCGUAGUCGUCACAAAAUAAUGUAAAUUUCAGAGUAGAUUUCGCAGAAGUUUUUUGAAUUGUAAACGGUAAUUCAAUUUAUAUACCACAAAUUCCG